AUGGGGCAAGACGACUACCUGUCCCUGUGCCUCGCGGCGCUGGUCGCCGCGUGCCAGCAAGCCGGCGCCGGCGACGCGCCACCGUUACGCGCGAGGGCGGCGUCGUCGUCUGAGCUCCCGCUCCACUUCCGCUGCCCGAUCUGCGGCAAGGCGUUCGCGUCGUACCAAGCGCUCGGCGGACACAAGGCAAGCCACCGCAAGCCGCCGGCGGCGGCGGCGGCAUACGAUGGCAGGGCGCCAUCGUCGUCGUCCCAGCAUCAGAAGGGAGCCGCGGAGGCGUCGUCGUCGUCUGGGAGCCGCGGCGCCGGGCGGCACGUCUGCACGGUGUGCCACAGGUACUUCGCCACAGGACAGGCGCUCGGCGGGCACAAGAGGUUCCACUACUUGCACGGCCCGUCGGUGCCGGCCUCGCUGCCGCCCAGCAGCACUGCAGGCGCGGGCGCGGGUUGGCUUGACCUCAACUUGACGCCCCUUGCGCCGGACGUUUCAUUCGCCGGCGUCAGACGACGGAGCGAGGAUGACGAGGAGGUUCAGAGCCCCUUGCCUUUGCAGCAGGCCAAGAAGCAUCAUCGGGCGUCAGAUUCUGCGUGA